GGCCGAGUAAGUAGUGGAACGAGAUGAGCGCGGGCGCUGACGGCGGCGGCGCUGCGGCCGCGCGGUCACGAAAGGGCAGUUCCGCGGAGGAUGGCUUCGUCCCGUCGGCACUGGGUACCCGAGAGCAUUGGGAUGCUGUCUAUGAGAGAGAACUACAAACUUUCCAAGAAUAUGGAGAUACAGGAGAAAUCUGGUUUGGGGAAGAGAGUAUGAAUCGAUUAAUAAAAUGGAUGCAGAAACACAAGAUUCCAUUGGAUGCUUCAGUGCUUGAUAUUGGAACUGGAAAUGGUGUUUUCCUGGUUGAACUUGCCAAAUUUGGUUUUUCUAAUAUUACUGGAAUUGAUUACUCUCCUUCUGCAAUUCAACUCUCUGGAAAUAUUAUAGAGAAAGAAGGGUUAUCUAAUAUUAAGUUGAAGGUAGAAGACUUUUUGAAUCUUUCCACAAAGCUGUCUGGAUUUCAUAUUUGUAUUGACAAAGGAACUUUUGAUGCCAUCAGCCUUAAUCCUGACAAUGCAGUUGAGAAGAGGAAGCAGUAUGUGAAAUCUCUCUCCAGGGUGUUAAGAGUAAAAGGUUUUUUUCUAAUAACUUCAUGUAAUUGGACCAAGGAAGAGUUGCUAAAUGAAUUCAGUGAAGGAUUUGAACUUUUUGAAGAGCUGCCAACACCCAAGUUCAGUUUUGGAGGCAGAUCUGGAAACAGUGUAGCAGCAUUGGUUUUCCAAAAAUCGUGAGACUUUUCCUGGGACAAGUUCAGGUAGCUUUUUUAAAGAAGCUACACAGCAUAGUAAACCUGACAUAAAAUGCAAAUGUCAAAACAUGCUUAGUAAGUACACAGGAUACAUACACAUCUCGAAUGCAUAGAAUGGUUGGUAAAAAAAGAAAUCAUGAGCAUGUAGUAGUUGGUUUUUAGAGAUCAAACAACAGUAAUUUUAAAAUCUUUUGUAUUUGAAAUGUAAAUAUUUUUCUUUUUGAUUUAAAAUAAUUUCCUGUAACUCUAAACAGUUAAAAACUUUAAAGUAGUAAAUGAAUUUACUAAAAGCAUGUAUUCUUGAUUUUUGUGCCUCGAUAAAGUCCAAUUGACUUGAACUAUUUUUGAAGAUUUGAUCAAACUAUUCCAGGGCCAGAUUAUUAAGCAAAACAGCUUUCUUAGUGUUUUAUUAGCGUAUGAAACAUGAUAAGAAAUACUACUAUUGGGUAGAAUGGUGGUUAUUUUCAAAAUUAACACCUGGGAAAACCUUGGCAUUCAUAUAUAGUUAAACAAAAUUGGAGAAAUUUAUCAGUUGAUCAAGAAAUAUUUAUUGAGCCUGCAUUUUGCAGCUGAUGGCAUUUUACACACUGUGAGAGAUAAACACAUAACAGAAGUUAAGAAAACUAAGGGAUAU